UCUCAAGGCUUUUCACUUUCAGACUUAGACAAAGAAAAUCAAAAUUGUAUACUUCUAGCUGUUUCUUCUGGUAAUUGGGAAAUAAUCCAUUAUUUAAUUCAAAAUGAUGCAGACCCAUCUCUACAUUCAUCAAAUAAUGACCUUCCUAUUUUUAGAUCCGUAAGGCUUGGACAUCUUGAGAUUUUCCAGAAUUUACUUAUAUAUUGUCACAAUUUUGAUCCAAAUGCUGAAGAUGAUUUUCUUACAAUUGCAAUUUCUCAUCAAAGAUACAAAAUAAUAAAAUACAUUAUCGACAAAAAAUUAGUUAGAAUUAAAGAAAAACAUAAAAAUUUAGUUAAAUCGUAUCUUUCGAAUUGCGAUUCUCUUGAAGAAAUAGAAACCAUAAAGAAGAUUGACCCAAUUUUUUCAAGCAAUUAUAAAGCACAGGAAUCUACUAAAUCUGACGCUAAUCAAAACGAAUCAGCAUAUGUUGAUAUAAAUCAAAAUGAAUCAACACCUGCUGAAACAAUUCAAAAUGAAUCAACAUCUGUUGAUAUAAAUCAAAAUGAAUCAACACCUGCUGAAACAAUUCAAAAUGAAUCAACAUCUGUUGAUAUAAAUCAAAAUGAAUCAACAUCUGUUGAUAUAAAUCAAAAUGAAUCAACACCUGCUGAUAUAAAUCAAAAUGAAUCAACACCUGCUGAUAUAAAUCAAAAUGAAUCAACAUCUGUUGAUAUAAAUCAAAAUGAAUCAACACCUGUUGAUAUAAAUCAAAAUGAAUCAACAUCUGCUGAAACAAUUCAAAAUGAAUCAACAUCUGUUGAAACAAUUCAAAAUGAAUCAAUACCUGCUGAUAUAAAUCAAAAUGAAUCAACAUUUUCUAAUCAAACUCAAUCACAAACAUCCGACACAGAACAACCAAAAUCAUCAAAAUCUAGUAAAAAUAAGGACAGCAAAAUAACUAUUGAUUCAUGGCUAUUUAAAAGAUCAAAAUAUCGAAAAAUUUUCUUCUGUAUGACGACUUUAAUUAUACUAAUAUUUAUAUUGAUUCAUUAA